AUGCUUCUGUUUCUUUCUUUCUGUAUAAGUCUGUUCAUAUCUAUCUAUCUAUCUAUCUAUCUAUCUAUCUAUCUAUCUAUCUAUUCUUCCUCUCUCUUUCUUUUCUUAAUUCCUUUCUUCCUUCUUUCUUUCUUUCCUUCUUUCAUUGCUUCCUUCCUUCUUUCCUUCCUUCUAUUCUUUCCUUCCUUCCUUCCUUCCUUCCUUCUUUAUUUUUCUUCCUUCUUACCUUCCUUUCUUCCUUCCUUCCUUCUUUCCUCUUUCCUUCCUUCCUUCCUUCCUUCCUCUUUCCUUCCUUCCUUCCUCCUUCAGUCCGUCCUCUUUCCUUCCAUUCCUUCCUUCCAUUCCUUCCUUCCUUCCUUCCACUCUUUCUUUCCUGCCUUUCUUCCUACCUUCCUUUCUUCCCUCCUUCCUUCCUUCUUUCCUUCCUUCCUUCCUUCUAUCCUUCCUUCCUUCUAUUCUUCCAUUCUUUUCUUCCAUUCCUUCCUUCCUUCCUUCUUCCUUCCUUCAGUCCUUCCUCUCUCUUUCUUUUCUUCAUUUCUUUCCUUCCUUCCUUCCUUCCUUCCUUCCUUCCUUCCUUCCUUCCAUUCUUUCCUUCCUUCCUUCAAUCCUUCCUCCCUUCCUUGUUUCUUUUGUUUUUAUUCUGCUUUUUCUCUCAUUUUAUUCUUCCCGUCCGUUUUUACUUCUGUUCGUCUCUCUGAGGAAUGUCUCCCUCAAACAUUUCCCUCCCUCCACUUAUUUCCUAUUCUUUCUCCCUGUCUCUCUCUCUCUCUCUCUCUCUCUCUCUCUCUCUCUCUCUCUGUGUUCUUUCUUUCCUCUUCACAACCAUUUUUUUCUUUCUUAACUAACUCUCCAUAG